UGAAGUGGGGGCGCUCGGCUCUCCAGCCUCACUCGCAGCUGCCGGGAGCUGGGGAGAGUGGGCCCCGCCUCCGGACGGGCGUGCAGACCUCUGACCCUGGAGUCUCUCAGCCGCCGGGAACCGUCCGCUUGGGUCGUCACCCGGGCCUCCCGCCGUUCCCCGGCCCCGAGGGGCCCGGCCGGCCGCGGUGGGGGGAGAGGUCAGCAUGAGCCGGGGGGCCCGGCGGGCCGGCGCCGGGCAGGGGGCGGCGGCCGCAGUGCAGCUGCUGGUCACCCUGAGCUUCCUCCCGAGCGUCGUCGAGGCCCAGGUCACCGGAGUCCUGGAUGAUUGCCUGUGCGAUAUUGAUAGCAUUGAUAACUUUAACACCUUCAAAAUCUUCCCCAAAAUAAAAAAAUUGCAAGAGCGAGACUACUUCCGUUAUUACAAGGUCAAUCUGAAGAGACCAUGUCCUUUCUGGGCAGAAGAUGGCCAUUGUUCAAUAAAAGACUGCCAUGUGGAGCCCUGUCCAGAGAGCAAAAUUCCAGUCGGAAUUAAAGCUGGGAGUUCUAAUAAGUACUCGAAAGUAGCAAACAAUACCAAAGAAUUAGAAGAUUGUGAGCAAGCUAAUAAACUGGGAGCAAUUAACAGCACACUAAGUAAUCAAAGCAAAGAAGCUUUCAUUGACUGGGCAAGAUAUGAUGAUUCACAGGAUCACUUUUGUGAACUUGAUGAUGAGCGAUCUCCAGCUGCUCAGUAUGUAGACCUGUUGCUGAACCCAGAGCGUUACACUGGCUAUAAAGGGUCCUCCGCAUGGAGAGUGUGGAACAGCAUCUACGAAGAAAACUGUUUCAAGCCUCGAUCUGUUUAUCGUCCUUUAAAUCCUCUGGCACCUAGUCGAGGAGAAGAUGAUGGAGAAUCAUUCUACACGUGGCUGGAAGGUUUGUGUCUGGAAAAGAGAGUCUUCUAUAAGCUCAUAUCUGGACUUCAUGCUAGUAUCAAUUUACAUCUAUGUGCAAAUUAUCUUUUGGAAGAAACCUGGGGUAAACCUAGCUGGGGACCUAAUAUGAAAGAAUUUAAACGCCGCUUUGACCCUGUGGAAACUAAGGGAGAAGGUCCAAGAAGGCUUAAGAAUCUGUACUUUUUAUACUUAAUUGAGCUUCGAGCUUUAUCAAAGGUGGCCCCAUAUUUUGAGCGCUCAAUUGUUGAUCUUUACACUGGAAAUGGAGAAGAAGAUGCUAACACAAAAACCCUUCUACUGAAUAUCUUUCAAGAUACAAAGUCCUUUCCCAUGCACUUUGAUGAGAAGUCCAUGUUUGCAGGUGACAAAAAGGGGGCCAAGUCAUUAAAGGAGGAAUUUCGCUUACAUUUCAAGAAUAUCUCCCGUAUAAUGGACUGUGUUGGAUGUGACAAAUGCAGAUUAUGGGGGAAAUUGCAGACUCAGGGUCUAGGAACUGCCCUGAAGAUAUUAUUCUCUGAAAAAGAAAUCCAAAAGCUUCCAGAGAACAGCCCAUCUAAAGGCUUCCAACUCACUCGACAGGAAAUAGUUGCUCUUUUAAAUGCUUUCGGAAGGCUUUCUACAAGUAUAAGAGAGUUACAGAAUUUUAAAGCCUUAUUACAACACAGUAGGUAAUAAAGGCUUUUAUAUGUCUGAUUAGAGACAUAAUCGGACUGUGGGAAGCGUGUUGGUCUUGGACAUUCAGCAGAAGGAGACUAACCUUCAAAGACUUGAAGAAGGAAUUCUGAACUCUUAAAGAAAAAAUUAAAACGUUCACUUGAAUAUUUAUGAUUCUUAAUAGAUUGUCAAUUAGAUAUAUUUAUAAAUGAAGUAUAUACUUUUAAAACAUGUAACUUAUACUAAUUCUGUGUUUAAUUUCAUAUGUUUCCAUCUGUUGAAAUAGUCUAUUCUGUUUGUUUAGAAUUGGUUUUUUCUUAUUCUGUUAUUCUUUAUUUCCAGUUGUCGGACUUAAAUGACCAUUGUAAUAAACACUGUUAGCAGUCUGUUGUGGAAAGGAGAGCUAGAGAACAAAUGUUGCUUCGGGCUAGCAUCAGUGAUAAAAAUUUAUCAGUGAUUUUUCAAACAUGUUCUUAGCCUUGCCUGAUGUCACCUUCUCUAACCCGGAAGCAUCAGUGUAAUGAAUGGCCCUUUCAGUGUGUAGUCACAGAAGGGACUGCAGAAUCCCCAGGACUUCAACUUCAGUUUCACUGGUUUUUAUUUGAGAUUUUUAGUUGCUGUUGUUGCUGUUUUGUUUUGGUCUAAAGGCCCUGCUUCAGUAAAGGUGAAUGCGUACUGUCCCCUCAGCUAGCUGCCCGGCCAGAUUGCCCGUGUGUGUCGUGGGCUGCUCCAGAGGAUUCUUUACUUAGAACCUAUACUCUGUCUCUGUUUUUGAUUUUGCAGUUCUUUGUCCUUACUCCAAUUUUAGAAAAUUUUUGUUCACUUUGAGAAAAAAAAUUUGCAUAAAUACUUAAGUUUCACUUUGAUAAAAUUUGAAUGGGAUUAUACGGAUUUAUAAUGCCACUUUUAAAUGAUAUACACAAAAUUUACUCUUUUAAAUUAAGCGUUUUUAAAGGAUUUUAUUUUAGAAUACAAUCUAUGCAAUCCUCUUUCAACCUGAAUUUCUUCGGUAGGUUAAACAGGUAGAUGAAUUCAGCCUUGUGAAGCUUCCCCUCUCCCUUUUUCAUUUCAGUUCAUUGUAUAUAAAUGGUACUUUGUACAGAUGACCUUCAUGUCCUAAGCUCAUUUUCUAAAGCUGGGAUUUAAAUAUCCUCCAAUAUUUAAAAUAUUCUUUUAAAAGCUGUUAGAGAUAGAAUGUGAUUAACUUGGAAGGAGGCAUCUGUGUAGAAGUAAUGCAGGUACACAACCUAGAGUUUCUCCUUCGACUCUUCAGUCUUUUAUGAAGUAAGUGCUCUUAAACCCGUACCUUACCUGCCAGUCUGAAAUGUGUUCAUCGACGAUUUAGUGGUGUAUUUUAAACUGUAUUUAGUUGGCUCACCCCUCUUUUAAAACUAUUUGGUCAUCCCCUGGGAGGGAUAUGGUUGAAAGGAGUAAGGUCUCACUAUUUUCUUACCCAGUUUCAAACUUUAUAGACCCAGGGGUUUUUUGUUGUUGAUGGUGGUGACUUUUUUUUUUUUGGUUAAGUCAAAUAAAACGCCGGCUUGAUUGGAGCCUUCUCCACUUUUUCUUUUCAGUUUUAGGGAUAUAAGUAUUGUGUGGCAGGAGAGGGGGACCUUAAGGUAAAUUUGUCUGAAAAGUGAAUAAUCUUGUUGGUAAAUUAGUAAGAAUUAUUCUUAGUGUUCAGAGUUUAAGAAAAUGUGAAAGUUUUGCACUUUGUCUAUUAUUACUGUAAGUUUAAGAAUCUUUUUGGUAGUGUUACUUCACUGUUCCCUCAGUUAAAAGCUAUUAUUUAAAUUCUGUUUACUGGAGAAGAAUCCUUGGUCAUUUCCAGUGAUUUUUUUUUUCUUUACUGUGAUUUGUUUCAAGCUUAGGAAAAUUGUAUAUUAGAGUGAGUUCUAGGAAACUAAAUGGUUAGUAUAAAAAGUUCUUUUCAAAGUUUUAAUGAAUUUUUGCACCACCAAGAAAAUAAACAAAUGAUUAACUUGAUUUUACCACAAAUUGGAUUGUGGGGGGCAGCCUCCAUUUGUGUGUGUUAUCUCUUAAAUGAUUGUAUAGGUGUAGGAAUCUUUGUUUUGUGAGCCUGGUGAUACUGUAUCUUUGUGAUAUAACCUCUUUUUCCAAGUCCCAGACCCUUUGUCCUACAGGGACACUAGAGGACCGACUGCCUUGUGAAAACGCUUGGCUGGUAAUUCCUCUCUCAUUUUGUCGUUAUCUCAUCACCUAAUUUAAAAGUCCAGCACUUGAUAAUAUAACUGACAGAAAUGAUUGUACCAGCUGACGAAGUAAUGAAAAUGAAGAAAAGAAUUCCUUCCUUCAAUGGCAUGAGUUUAUUUUUUUUCCUUAAGUGGCAUUGAUGUAAGUUAGAAAUACUAUAUAUUAAAAUUGAUAAAAUUUG